CCACUGUGGAGCAACCUGCCUCUGCUGGAGCCGGAGCCAAGAGAACCUGCCUGGAAAUGAAGGUCACCUCCUUAGCCCUGGCAACGCUGCUCCUUGCCGCUCUCUGGACUGAAGCCCACUGCGAUUCCUUCAUCAGCCAGAGCAACACAUGCUGCAUGAAAGAUAAUUUUGUGCUUAGAAGAAUUUCUCCAAAACACAUCAAAAGUUGCAGACCCACAGGUCCUAACUGCUCCCGCCAGGCCGUGAUAGUGACGCUCACACAGGGGAAGGAAGUCUGUGUUGAUCCCAGUAAGAUACGGUUGGCCACAUGUAAAGGAAAGCAAGAAAAAUCACUUAAAGACACCCGGCCUGCACAGCUGAGACAGCAGCAGAUGGAUACGAACUCAGCGUAACGCCCCACGUUAUUUAUAUGGACUGAUGUGUCUCAGUGCACGGUUUUGAGAGGCUAUUUUUCUGGCCCUGUUUAUUUAAGGAGAACCCCUCCCAUUCCCUCCAUCCUUUCUGUGUCCUUUG